AUGGAUUUUCCACAUGUUUUCGAACUAUUUCAUCGAUUUUCGACAUUCAUCAAAAUAUCAACAGAAUUCCUCAACAUAGGAACUCUUAAAGCAGCAACAGAAAUAAAGAUGAUUGAUCUAAGACAUCGAUAA